AUGUCGGACUCGGGAGACAGACCUACGACUACCGAGUCGCAUCGAAAUCCUUAUGCGUCGGCCAGCCGCUGGCGACACCAGGAAUCAUCUGCUUAUGCUGCGCAUGCUUCGCAGCUCACUGGCGAUGGCGCACCACGAGACCCUCACCAAACAACCGGUAAUGUGGGCGAGCUUGCAGACUUCCUAAACCAGUCCCGCAUUGAACCAGAAGACGAUAACCGUGAUACGGAAAAGUACAGACCCAUCACCGCCGCUGCCGCUGAUAUCAAUGGAAGCAUUGCUGGCGACAAUGUAGGCCAGAGCCAUGCUGGCCAAGGCGCCCGUGGAGAUAACGCCCCUGAUGGGAAGACCAUCGUCUGUGGUCCUCUUCUGAACUACCGUCGUAUGAAUGAGGGACGAUGGUAUGGGAGCGUUCUCAUAGUCGUCGAAGGUGGCGGCAAAGUUCCCCUGGACCAGCCUUACUUGACUCUGAAGCAAGCUGUUCAGCCCCAAGAGGGUGGCUCUGCAAGUCAAGAACCGACAAAUGGGGCUCAAGAGGAGGCACGUGUUGACGGGAAAUGUCUUUACUCGGAUCCGCGUAACACCUUCUGGGCUUUCGAUAUCAGUGUACCAAUUCAAGCUACAGAGGCCAGCUAUGAAUAUGCUUUGCCCGAACUACGCUUCUCCACCGAGCACAAGCCCCGAGUUAACAGGUUUUUUGUUCCUGCGAAGACCGAGUCCAUGCGUAUCAUGUUCCACUCGUGCAACGGUUUCAGUGUUGGAACUGACGAGGAGGCUUGGAGCGGACCGGCGCUGUGGAACGACGUGGCACGAAAGCACCGCGAGAUUCCUUUUCAUGUAAUGGUUGGCGGCGGUGACCAGAUCUACAACGACGGCAUCAGAGUUGAUGGCCCUCUCCGCCCGUGGACUGAUAUUAGCAAUCCCAAGAAACGUAGAGAGUACCCGUUUCCAGAGGCAAUGCGAGCAGAAUGCGACGACUACUACCUCAAAAACUAUAUUCGAUGGUACAACACUGCCCCCUUUGCUGGGGUCAACGGGCAGAUUCCCCAGAUCAAUAUCUGGGAUGACCACGACAUCAUUGACGGAUUCGGCUCCUAUGUCGAUAACUUCAUGCAGUGUGAUGUAUUCCGUGGUAUUGGCGGCACUGCUCAUAAAUAUUACAUGCUCUUCCAGCAUCAUAUGCCACCUCCUGCGUCGACUUAUACUUCUGACCAUGCCGCCCUCGAGAAAGCGAGCCAAGGACCCGAUCCUAACCAACUGAUGGAUACCUAUGUCGCACCUAUGUUUGAGUCCCCUGAGUAUAUCGUCGGCGACCACCCAGGCCCAUACGUUGCUGAGCGCUCAUUCAACAUCUAUACACGCCUUGGUGCCCGUAUUGCUCUGCUGGGUAUUGACGCUCGAGUAGAGCGCACUCGUCAUCAAAUCAAUUAUCCCGAGACAUACAAAAAGGUCUUCCAAAGGCUUCGUUCCGAGCUUGAAGCAGCAUCAGCGUCAGGAGAGUCAAUCAAACACUUGAUUCUCCUCCUCGGAAUUCCGAUUGCCUAUCCCCGCUUGACUUGGCUCGAAAACAUCUUCCGCAGUCCUGUUAUGGGUCCUAUCAAGAUCCUCAACAAACGUUUUGGGCUCGGUGGAAGUCUGUUCAACCAGUUCGACGGUAGCAUCGAUCUUCUGGAUGAUCUGGAUGACCACUACACUGCAAGGACACACAAGAAGGAAAGACGAGAACUGAUGGUUGAACUUCAAAAAAUAUCUGCCGAGUUCAACAUACGUGUGACGAUCCUUGGAGGUGAUGUUCACCUAGCUGCACUGGGUCGUUUCUACUCCAACCCAAGUCUGAAGAUUCCGGUCGAGGAGGACCAUCGUUACAUGGUCAACGUUAUCUCGUCAGCCAUUGUCAAUAAGCCACCACCCACGGCUGUAGCAAACCUCCUGGCCAGGAGGAACAAGAUCCACCAUUUGAAUGCUAAGACGGAUGAGACCCUGUUGGAUCUGUUCAACAAAGACCCGGGCGACUCAAAUAAGACGGCCAACCACAACCACUGCACAAUGCCAAGCCGGAACUUUGCAACGAUUACCGAAAACUCGCCCAACAACCCGGAAGCCCCCAAUGGCAGCGUUGACGAGAACGGGACAGAGGCAUCAGAGCAGAACUUUCUGGGCAAUGAUGGCCAUAAGGUACUUCACAGGGGAGAGCUUCAGGCUGGAACAACACACAAGGCAGCAUCGAGACAAUCCCAUGGCAGGUCCAACGACGGAACACUUGACGUAUGCAUAAACGUGGAAAUCAACCAGCAUGACAAGGAGGGACGAACCGAGAUGUACGGCUUGACGGUACCAUUGCUCAACUACCGACAGCGAGACGAGCCCAUGACGCCCAGGGAGUCGGUCGCGUCAGGUAGCCAGCAUUAG